GUGAAGUCCCUUGUUUUUUUUUCCAGUAAAGCCGUCCGUGCCGAAGUGCUACAUUGAAGGAUCGUCGGAACAGGGGAAGGACAUCACAAUGAAGUGCAAGUCUGCUGAAGGAACAAACCCAAUACAGUACACCUGGGAGAGAAUCUCCGGCACACGCAUUCUCCCUGCAACAGCGCUCCUGGAUCGGGUCCAAGGAAGCAUAAUGAUAAAAAACGCGACGUUUGACAACUCUGGAACAUACCGCUGUGUGUCUGAGAACAGAGUGGGCAAGGAGCAGUGCACGCUGUCCAUGUCUGUGGUUCCACCUUCCAAUACUGCAGGAACAAUCGCCGGUGGUGUUGUCGGAGUCCUCCUGGUACUGCUGCUGCUCGCCGUCGUCCUCUACUGCUGCUACAAGAACCGAAACGAGAAGAAGUACGAGAAAGAGACCUCUCAUGAAAUCAGAGAGGAUGUCCCUCCCCCGCAGAGCCGCGUGUCGACGGCCCGCAGCUUCGUGGGCGUGGGCAGCAACCGGUCCUCCCUGGGCUCCAUGUCCCCCUCCAACCUGCACGAGUACGCCCUGAAGCAGGCUCAGUACGACCCGGUGCCCAGCGAAGAGUACGAGCGCCCGCCCAGCCACGCGCCCCACGCUCCUCCCUCCAAGGUAGCCGCUCCCAACCUGAGCAGAAUGGGGGGCGUCCCGGUGAUGAUCCCUGCACAGAGCAGAGGCGGCUCCAUAGUGUAGAGCCCUCCUGUUAACGGAACCAAAAACCAUGUGGCGGGGGUGGGGGGGGCUGGGCAAUGCUGACCAUGGGAGUGUAUUUAACAAUGACAACAAACAAACAACAUGUACUUGUUUAUAGGCUGCACAGUUCUUGGAUGGAGCUGCACUUUGUAAAAAUAAGAAUAAUAAAACGCUAAAAUGCUGAAACGCAUAUCAAUGUAGAUUGUAAAAAAACAAACUUUUUUUUUUUUUUUUUUUUUUAAUGUAAUACCUGUUGACCGUCAGCAUUACAUUUUAAACAACCGUUUUGUAUAUAGUGUCGCCAAUGAAUUUUUGGCGGAGUGGAGCAGGUCACUGUGUCAGCUUGUGUCCUGUGAUGCCGGCCCUGUGAUUGUCUUAUCUUCACAGCCGUGCUCUAUCUAGGGGCACUGCUGCCAUCAGAGCACGGAUCUGUUUUUAAAAACAUAAACCAGAUGAAUUUUCAUGAAAUGUUAAAACAGUUGAUCUUCUGUGAUCUAAUUUUCCGAACGAUCACCUUUUUUAUUCUGCGGUCUUUCAUUUUUUUAUUUAACUGUUAAGACUUUGCAUCUUGACGGAUGAGCGAAACCUCAGCCUUUUAUAAAUAACUGUUAAUAAACUCGUUUUUUUAGAAAGGCGCCCAAUGAACUGAGUGCAACGGUACCUCUGCAUAUUAGCUGUGAAACGGUAGCAGUUGAGCAGCAGUUCCAGACUGUACAACAGUCCAGUCGGCUCUGACCUAGGAUUGAGUGUAACCUGCUUUAACAUGCAUUCCAUGAGACUCGAGCAGAACAACAAAACACUGAAAAUGAGUGUUACAGGAACACGCUGCAAACUUUACAAGUCAUUACGCUGCCUUUCCUGUGUGCCGUGUUGUCCGUACCGCAGUGUUAUAUUUGAAACCUACUGCUGACCUCUGGGUUGUAAAUCCACUGGACUAUCCAUCCUCAACAUUUACCCCGGAGCUUUCACCAGGAGAAAAGGAAUCUCUGUCUUGAGGAUGGCAGUGUAUCCAGAUCCCGCUCCCUCCUGACGGUGCUGGCUUUCUGUUCCUCUCGACACGCAGCUCGUUUCUCUCGGAGCAGCAGCGCUGCUGCAGGAGGGAGCCUGAACUGGCUGCAUGCCGAUGUUCAGAAGAAACGCUCCCAAGUCAAAGUUGCAGUAAUUCCCCAGUUAAUUUACCUACGAUGUGUGAGUACAAAUAUCAGAAUCGGGACUGUGGGGGGGGAUCACGUGACCCAGCAAUGGUAAAGUAGUGUGUUUCUUGUAAACACUGCAGGGGGUUGUGCAGCACGAGCAUCGGCGUGAUUUCAAUCUAAUAGAAGAGAGUUUUCAUGCUUUCCGAGUGCCAUGCUGGAGUAGUGAAAGCAGUGCUUGGAUGUAAUGCUUCCACUGGCACUCGUGAGCUUGCUUUUUUAUGUAUGUUGUUUUUCUACUGGGCGUUCUGUCUUUAUCAGUCACUGCAUGUCAAAUUUGUUCUCCUGUAACAUGAGAAGUGAGUGGGAGGGACGGGACACUAACGAGGAUUAAAAACACAUAACUUUGUGCCUUUUUGAGGGGGAAAAAAUGUUUGUUUGAGGGAGGUCCUAACAUUAAGUAGAUGAAUUGACAUUACAGCCUUGGUGUCUUUAGGGCAUUCCUUUGGUUUACUAAGAGCUGCAGUGGCUGAGCUCGGCUGUGUGUUUUUUCUUUCCUCUAUUUUUAUGUGGUCUAAUAGUAGGUAUUUCAAGAUAUUUCACUUUAUAUAAAACCCUAUUUAUUAAAGCAGUAAACAAUAGCAUUGUCACAUUCAGAAUGGAUUGUUUUCUCUGGAACUAUUAUAAAACACGUGUUCCUGUAUAUUUUAAAUGCUUACCUGAAAUACAGUAAAUGCUAAAUUGUAGAAGAUUUCUUUUUUGUUUGUGUAUAAAUAAAAGUAAAAAUGUACUGGACAGAGCGAUCUUUCGCAGAAAUAUUUCCCAUCUUUGAUGCAGCUAGCGUAUUUUUUUCGUUGAAGUUAUUUUUAAAGAAAUCGUGCAGCUCUGUGCAGUCUGUGUUAAAUUAUUUAAGGAAGCAAACUAAACCGGCUGCCAGGUUCCUGAAUGCAGUGUAACGGGUAGUGCAUCAAUAAGGCAAACGCAUGCUGUAUAUUUAAAUGGGGAAUUUCCAC